AUGGGCCGGAAGAUGAAGGCGGCUGUGCGGACGAGCGUGCCGCGGACGACGCGCUCCCAGACGGCUGCGUCUACGGCCGUCACUGCGUCUGCCCCGGCCGAGCGCCCGCAAGGAAAAUCAACAGCCCUUGACAAGCCGGCGCGCCCAACAUCUUCAGCCACAGCAGCAGCAGCAGCAGCGCCGACUCGGAAAGCUCCCGUCGCCCGUCGCCCCGCGCUGCCCACGCUCUUCUUCGCCUCGGCCACGGCGUGGGAAGCCUGGCUCUCGGCGCAGCAGCCGUCCGCCAGCAGCGGCGUGUGGCUCAAGCUUGCGAAGAAGGCAUCGGGCGUCGCGUCCGUCAGCUACGACGCGGCCGUCGACGCGGCGCUGUGCCACGGCUGGAUCGACGGCCAGCGGCGGCGCUGCGACGACGACGACGAAGCGCUUCGCUUCUUCCUGCAGCGCUUCACGCCCCGGCGCCGGCGGAGCGUGUGGUCGCGCCGCAAUGUCGCGCGCGUCGCGGCGCUGCUCGCUGAGGGGAGGAUGGCGCCCGCGGGCUUGAGGGAGGUUGAUGCUGCGAGGGCGGAUGGGCGGUGGGAGAGGGCGUAUUGA